GUGUGAUGGCACCGCGUCGUCACGCGAACGGUCACGGCGGUGCAUUGAUGGAGAACGGCGGAGGUGUCGGCGUAGUCGGCGUCGGUGUCGGUGUCGGUGUCGGUGUCGGGGGCAUCAACGACGCGAUGGAGAACCUGCUAACGCAAAAUCAAACGACACGUUGCUGCACGCCGACCGGCGAGUGUCUACGGGGCGACACUUUAAUCCGUUUGAACGCGUUGCACGACACGGUCAAGGUAACCUGCAACAACGAUAGCUGCCCGAUCGGCCAGUUCAUGCACCGCGAGUGUUUCGACGCCUGGGAGCAAACGGUCCUGACGUAUCUGAAGAGUUGCGGACGCGCCCGUAGCUGGUCCGAACGGCAGCGCCAUCAAAAUCUUUGGACGAAAAAGGGUUACGAUCUCGCGUUCAAAGCGUGCGGCUGUCGCUGCGGUCGCGGGCACCUGAAGAAAGAUCUCGACUGGAUGCCGCCGGGAACCGGGAACGCUUCUGGUAACCGACCAGACGAGAACGAGGCGAAGAAAAAGAAACGUCGUAAUCGGCAAAAUACCAGGCCCACGCUUUCGGUAUCGGCCGGUCCGCCGAGCCACGGCAAUCACGUUUCGACGAACGGUCGCGGUACCACCGAGGCCCAGUUGAUCGAAUCCGGUCGAGGAAGGGCUGGUUCGCUCUCGUCCAGCACCGGUUCGAGUUCACCACCGGCUACCAGCGAGCCAAGCGUCAGCCCUCUUCAUCAACCGCAGGCGAUCAUGAAGAAGAAGAGCAAGGUUGAUUUCUUCAGCGAUCGAGCUCGGCAAAGUUGCGGUGCGAAUGGUAUCUUCUCACGUCGCCUAGACUUCAGCGCUUUCAACAGUCUGCCACGCACCAAGCUGAACUCCUACCACAUCAAGAUGGAAGACGAGGGAAAUCACGGCAAUGACGACACAAGAUGCUUCAUCCUGUCGACGCUGGCGGCACUGCAAUGGUCCCGAGUGUCCUGCGUCCUCUGUCGUUCACCUAUGCUCGUUUUCGACAGGUAUCCCCUAGUGGAUGGCACGUUCUUCCUGUCACCGAGGCAACAUUCACCCGCCUGCGCAGAGGUGAAGGUCGAAGGUCGGACGCAAUUCUUGUCGGCGGUGUGCAUGGGUUGCCUGGAAGGUAGCGGUGGUCAGCCUGUUCGUUGUCGUUGCUGCACUCAGCCAUGGGACGGGUCUAGCUUAGUCCUUGGAACGAUGUACAGCUACGAUAUCUUUGCUGCCAUGCCUUGUUGCACCGAGCGACUCAAGUGCAACAGCUGCCAGAAGCCUCUGAUCUAUCCACACCAACGGCUGAAUUUCUACUCGGACUACAGCCGCGUAUUCGCCUGCCCCCAUUGCAGGGCCGUGGACGCCCACUUCGUGAAACCGCUCUCGAUCUGCUUCACCCGCGAGCAGUUUCAGCUUUACAGCCAGUGGCCGUAACCAUUAGGGAACUUAGCUAACCGGCGUCCAAGCACCGCGGCUGACCCGUGUCCCCACUUCUUCGACCCACUGAUCUCUCUGCUGCGGGCGACCUUGCUCUAGAUCCUCCAACACCACUCGUCGAUCAUUUUCAAUCAUUAAUGCAACAUCAUCGUCGGUGAAACGAAGAAUCGGAAGAAGAAAAGCGUGAAAAUCCCUCGAGGACCUGACACUUUGCUCUGGUCGCGUUUCCUUCGUGUCCCAGCACAAAGGGUAUAUUUAUUUUUUCGUUUUCUUAACGAAUCAAUUUCUUAUUUUUCUUUUUUUGUUUCUUUUCUUUUUCAUUUAUUUAGAGAUCGCAUUGAGCAUUUCGAUUUGAAAGUUUAAGUUUGCAAUUUGAAAUCGAAAUGUCUAUGGUAUUUGUUCUUGAUUAAUUAGAAAUCAUCGAAGAGAAGCGUAUUUUUAAGUUGCUUUGUUAUCGAUUUACCUAUCGAAUGAUCGAUGAAGAGGAUACCCUGGGAGCGGAUGGAAAACCGGAAGAAUGUCAGGUACCGGGUGAAAUUUUGUAGCAGCGAUAACGUUAAGCUUUUUCUUUUUACUGUGUCCGACAGUAGGGUUUUUAUCUACGUUCAUUCAACGGGAGGGACGAUGACAAUCUCGUCGUUUCGUUCGAUCGAUCCACCUGGAAAUCGACGGCUCUCGACGACGUAUAUCGACGCCUGUUAUCGAUUCGAUGGAGUUGAAAUUCAUCCACAGUCAGGUUAAGGAUUAUCGUCAGUAUUAUUGGUAAGAAUGGAAAAAAAAAGAACGAGAUUUUCGGAACAGCGUUUUCUGUGUUAAUUCGACAUUUAUAUUAGCGAAAAUUCAUGCAUAGGAAUUGUCUCAUUCAGCAAAAAGAACGUGAGUCUGUUCUCGUUUGAUUGUUUUUUGUUUUUUCUUUUUUUUUUGUUUUUCUCUUUCGUGUCGAUUGGCCCGAACGAUUAGUGAAAUUUCAAAUGCGAGUCAGAAAGAGAUGAAAGAAUCGUUUAGGAAAUAUUAGGAUAGGUGCUUGUAAAUUAUAAUUUAACUCUGAAAAUAUAUCGUGUUAUAUAUCGUGUUGCGCCUUUCUUUUUUAUCGUCGUGUUUUAGCUGGUAAGGAAAUUCGAACAAUUAGGUUUAAAUUGGAGAAAAUCACUCGCGAUCGCGUCGUCGACUCGCCGUCGCUCUUCCCACGAUCGAAUCGAACGAUUUCUUCUUCUGUUCGGUGUUUAACGGUUCGUAGUAUUUAACGAUUAUGCGUGUGCAGACACACGAGAUAAGAAAAGUAUGUAUCGUUCCUGGCGUUCCCAUAAAUCGUGUUGCGUUCAAGGGUGGAAAAGAAUGGAUUGCGGAGACAAAAGGUAAAACGACGAGAGCGUAUAUUAUAAAAUAUAUAAUGACGUUAGGACGCGGAAAUCGAUAAGAAAUAAACAAAAAAAAAAGGUCAGACUUCCCUUUUUUAUAUUAACAAAGUAGGUAUGCAUAAGAAAACGUGAAAAAAUGAAAAAAAGACCAUGAAAAAAAAAGCCACUUUUGAAAGGACAAUGGGGGGGAAGAGAUAUUAUGAACUAUCGUUUGUUACUUAGAUAAUCGAGAACGUUGUUUUUUUUACAUUUUAUUAGUUUAUACGUUUACGGCGGCCAUGUUGAUUUUGUUUAAGGAUCUACGACUCAUUCGAUGGGUUUCACGUUGAUCGGCCGGGCGCCCGACGAUUUUCCACCCUUCGAGAAAACCCUUUUUAACCCUCGGUCCCUUCUCCUAGGUACAUUGGAAACGGUAUCACAAAGCCAAUUACAUAAACGUUGAAAUUUUAA